AUGAACAAGUUGUUCGACUUCGUGGCUUUGGAUAUCAUCACGGAUUUGGGCUUUGGCGAUUCUUUCCAUUGUCUUCAUACACGAAAAUACCACCCUUGGGCUCAAUUCUUUUUGGACGCACUGCCCGCGAUUGCUCUUGCUACCGCUUUGAAGCAGUUUCAACUCGUCUUCAGCGUUCUCAUGGCAAUGGCCCCCAAGUCUGUUCUUCAAAAACACGAGAAUAUGGUACGGCUCACAAACGACAUUGUUGAAAGGCGGCUCGAUGAGGCUGAUCGACCUGAUCUUAUACAAGCCAUGAAGGAGCCUACGUCUGGGCUCGAUGCUAAAGUGAGUACUCUGCUUACUUCGGUCGGAUGUCAAUCAAAGGCUUACCGUAUAUGUUAUCAGCAACCCUUGAGCUUGCAGGAUAUCCAAGCGAAUGCCCAGAUCUUGACAAUGGCGGGGUAUGACACAACUGCCACGGCUCUAGCAGGCACCACGUACCUUCUGGCAGCAAACGCCGAUGUCAUGGCGAGACUGAAUCAAGAAGUACGGAGCUCUUUCAAAGAAGAAAAGGAGAUUACUAUCUCAAGUACCAAAAGCCUUGAGUACCUCAGAGCCGUCAUUGAUGAAUCCCUGAGAAUGUAUCCGCCGGGUGCCUCAGGGAUGCCGCGUCGCAUAGGAGAGGAGGGAGACGUCGUUCUGGGUCACCACAUCCCCGCAGGAACUAUUGUGUCGAUAUGGCAGUACGCUAUGUACCACCACGCGAAGAAUUUCUCUGAGCCCGAGUCGUUCCUCCCUGAGCGAUGGUCAAAUGACAAGAUCGAUCUCAGCGACAAAAGAGAAGCGUUUCAGCCCUUCUCAUUUGGGCCUCGUGACUGCAUCGGGAGACAGUACGUUUGA